AUGGGAGACGGUGCAGUGGCAAUAUCUUCUGCUAUCGAAGCAGUGUACAAAGACACUGUCCUACGAUGCAUGUGCUGGUAUCAUGUACAAAGCAACGUGAAGAAGAAGAUGAAGGAGCUAAACACCAACUCUGAGCUACAACUUCAAAUCCUACGAGACCUGCAAUACAUUCAACUAUCGAGUACUUCUCCAGCAUUCUUCAAUCACUUCGAUCUCAUGGAGAAGAAAUACGCCUCGAACCCUGAAGGUAAAGCUGUCAUGGAUUAUAUACGGGAGAGCUGGAUCGACAGCAAGCUCAAUGGUUGGUAUGAAGGCUUCGCACCACGCCUUCCAUCCACGAACAAUGGCCUGGAAGGAAACAACCGGAGGCUAAAGAAAUUCACCUAA